UGUGGGAUAGCAUCAGGAGGUCAGCGGUGUUCCGUAUUGUACCAAAAUAAUUUUCCGUUGGAUAUUAACUCGUUUUAACGGAUAUCAACAAUGCGAGGAGAUGAAACGGAUUCGGAGUCUGUUAAAUCAGAUGAUGGCUCGAUUCGCAGGAGCCUCGAAGCGCUUUGUCAAGAGCUGAACAUGGACGAAGAGACGGCGACAGAAGCACUUCAGAACUUCAACUCCAUCUGGAACACAUACACACUAGAGGGUGAUGUUGUACACUGGCUGGUGUGUUCUCUGUAUGCUGCCUGUAGGAAGAGCUCCACGCCCACUGUGGGGCAUGGCGUGAUGGAGGGCAACUGCGUUUCCCUUACAAGGAUACUGCGCUCCUCUAAACUCAGUUUGAUCCAGUUCUUCAGCAAGAUGAAGAAAUGGUCGGACAUGUCAAAUCUAUCACAGGACUUCCGCAACCGCAUAGGUCGACUAGAGCGCAACUUUGAAGUAUCCACAGUGAUUUUUCGUAAAUUUGAGCCGAUAUUUCUGGACAUGUUUCAGAAUCCUCAGGGUGAACCUCCGCGCCAGCCUAGAAGCCGUAAACACCGACGUCUUCCAUGCCACAUCAGUGAUGUCUUCAAGUUCUGUUGGACUCUCUUUGUGUAUACAAAAGGUAAUUUCAGUAUGAUUGGAGAUGACCUGGUCAACUCUUAUCAUCUCCUGCUCUGCUGUCUGGACUUGGUGUUUUGCAAUGCUCUCAUGUGCUCCAAUCGUAAAGAUCUCAUCAAUCUACACUUUAGAGGUCUUCCCAAGGACACAGAAAACCUGAAAGAGAUGCCAUGUGUGAUUGACAGGUUGUGUGAACUGCAUGAUGGGCUGGUGGUGGAGGCUAAAGGCAUAAAGGAGCACUACUUCAAACCCUACAUAAAGAGCCUGUUUGAGAAAAGAAUACUAAAAGGUGACACUGAGACUCUGACUGAAUUGCUUGAUCCCCCAAACUUCCAAGACAACAAUAAAGCCAUAAAUCGUGAGUAUGAGGAGUAUGUUUUGACUGUGGGUGAUUUUGACGAGCGAGUGUUUUUGGGUCCUGAUGCGGAUGAGGAGAUUGGAACACCACGCAAAUCCACUGCCGAACCUCCAUCGGGUCAACUUUCCGCUCGCAUGCAGGUGGAGAACAACCUUCAGCAACACUUUGAGAAGAUGCGCUCCCUAGCUCCCUCUACGCCUCUAACGGGUCGUCGGUAUUUGAAGGAGAAGGAGGUGUUGGUCACCCCUGUUUCUUCAGCCACUCAAAGUGUUAGCAGACUGCAGAGUAUGGUGUCUGGACUCCGGAACGCACCCAGUGAUGCUCUGCUACAGAUCUUUAAUUCCUGCUCUCGGAACCCCACUGAAGCCAUUCUGAAGCGAGUGAAGACCCUGGGAGAGAGGUUUAAAGAGGCCUACACCAAACCAUCAGACGACCUACCAGGAGCACACAUUGAUUUUGCAGAGAAUCGUCUGAAGCUGGCUCAGAUCCUGUACUUUAAAAUCCUAGAGAACAUCAUGACACAAGAGAUGAAGAGACAACAGGGCAAAGACAUGGCAGUCCUGUUGGAGCAAGAGGUGUUGCAUUGCUCUCUGCUGGCGUGCUGUCUGGAGGUGGUGCUGUUUGCUUACAGCUCUCAAAGAACCUUCCCCUGGAUAAUAGAUAUCUUCCAUAUCCCACCUUUCUACUUUUACAAGGUGAUUGAGGUGUUUAUCCGUUCAGAGGAGAGUUUGUCCAGAGACAUGGUGAAACAUCUGAACAGUAUAGAGGAGCAGGUGCUGGAGAGCAAAGCCUGGAGUCAAGACUCUGCCCUGUGGAGCUCUCUCAACAACGACAACAAUAAAGUCCCCACUGUUGAAGAGGUGAAUUUUCCCAGUAGUUUUGACACGGGCAACAGUACAGGGGGUCCCACUCACCUCCCAUUGGUGGCUUUGUCCCCUAUUAUCCACCCUCGCAUCAGAGAGGUCCGCACUGGCCUGGGCUCCAGUGCACGCAAAGAUGUCCCUCAGUCUCCCAUCUCUCUUCACGAUCGCUACAGCUCUCCUGCUGCUGGCAGUGCUAAGAGACGCUUAUUUGGUGACGACCCUCCACCUCGGUCCCCAAUGAGGAGAAUUUCAGUAACCCCCAUCAAAAUAAUUCCCAGUUCCACAGAAAACCAAAUCACCACAAGCACAGCGACUCUCUUCUCCAUGGCAACUGGAAAUGGCCAACAGCUGACCAUUCCACUGCCAGUGGUAAAGAAUGAGAUGGGCAGCUUCACUGUCAUUCAGCUGCAGUCCAAUGAGAUGAACCCCCUCACUGCUCAAUUGUUACUGACCACUUCCCCAAGCCGAAACAUAGCUCCACCCAGCGGCCCAGAGACACACCCACCCAUCAACAAACCCCGCCGCACUGGAUCACUAGCGCUUUUCUUCAGGAAAGUGUAUCAUUUAGCCAGUGUGCGUCUGCGAGAUCUGUGUCUGAAGCUGGACAUCUCAGCAGAGCUGCGGGGGAAGAUCUGGACAUGUUUUGAACACUCUGUUCUGCACUGCACUGACAUGAUGAAGGACAGACAUCUGGACCAACUACUGCUCUGUGCCAUCUACAUUAUAGCAAAGAUCACAAAGGAAGAGCACACCUUUCAAGACAUUAUGAAAUGCUACCGAACUCAACCUCAGGCCAACAGUCAUGUAUACCGAAGUGUUUUACUGAAACAGCGUCCCAGAGAGCAACAGACCGAUGAGAACAUGGAAGUGGAUCCACCAGCAGACCAGUCCAAUGAGAGGACAGAAUCAGCUGGAAGAACAGAUGCAGACAGUGAAUCAGAAGAAAGAGGAGACCUCAUCCAGUUCUACAACUCUGUUUACGUUUUAAAGAUGAAAUCUUUCGCUCUCAGAUAUGCGCAGUCAACACUCGACAGCAAGAUGGAGGCUCCUCCACUAUCUCCAUUCCCCACGGUUCGUGCUCAGCCUCUCUCUCCUCGUCGUGUGUCUCAGAAACACUCCAUCUUUGUCUCUCCUCGUAAGAACGGCUGCAGUCUCACUCCCAGUGGUUCCUACACGUACAAGUUCACUAGCAGCCCUUCCAAGGAGCUGAGUGACAUUAAUCAGAUGAUCCGUCAGGGUGGGGUGAGUAAGAAGAGAGCGUUCACCAUGGAGGGAGACGAGACUGAGUCUCCAUCUAAAUGCCUCCGUCAAGAGAACGACGACGUGCUGCUCAAGCGCCUCCAGGAUGUCGUUAGCGAGAGAGCAAGUCGCUAACACGGUCAUAACACAGAACAAUAACAAAGCCAAAAACCCAAUUUUAUCAUCCAAGACCAAUAACAUGCACUCAUGUAUCAUGAUUGAUUUAUAUAUACCAACCACAGGUGCGGUUUACUAUACCAGGUUUUCUGUAGAUCAAGUGACAUUGUAAACUUGUCUUUGAAAUAUAUAUCAUGUAUUAUCAUGAUAUGAAAUGUACUUUUAUGUAAUUAUUUGUAUCUUUAAUACAGAGAUAUUAUUUAGCCAUAAGCUUUCUCAAUCAAAAGAGCCAUCACUACUGUUGUAUCUGCAGUAGAGUUGGCAUCUCAUGCGUGAAUGGAAAAAUGGAUCUCCUGACUUUUUAUAUACAUGUGAAAAGAGAAUUUAAUAAUUUGGUAUAUUUGUGCUUAAAGGGUUUUAUUUCAUUUUUAAAUUUUGGAGAUAUUUACUGGCAUGGUGGACUGGGCUUAUCUAAGCUCUUGGAUUUUUCAAUGUUUUUGGUGCAAGGUGUUUCUAAAAUACAUUUUGCAACUAUACUGUAAAUACUGUAUAUGCAGCUCUAUAUUCACAUGUGUAGUAUCUACACCUCUCAUUUUUAAUCUUAGAUUGCUUUUAUUAAUGUUUGUGUUUUCUAGAAACAAAUUAAGAUGUUUUUCCUCUCACAUCUCCUGUUUUUGGAAACGUUUUCCUCCAUUUAUAUUGUAAUGUAAAGAUGAUGGAAACUUCACCAAAUUGUAGAAUGAAAGAGGUGUAUGGUGUACAAUGACUUGUUUAACUUUGUUCAACACUGUUACAGUGGUGCUAUUAUAAUAGGAUGAUUUAAUUCUGUUCAUGUUUUCUGAUUAAAUGAGUUCAAAGUGUAUCGGUCACGUGGAAGUGCGUUUUACCCUGUAGCUAAUCAUGUGACCAGUCAUUAGCUAGCAUUUUUCUAUUUGUGUUUCUCAGUAUUGUUGGUCAAUUUGGAAUUGAACUUUAUUCUUGUACAAAUCUUAUCCUGUACCUUCUUUUCCCCUAAAGUAACAAACUCUGAUUUCUGAUGUGUCCAACAUAUUCUGAUUAUUCAGUGUUUUGUAUUUUACCCAGUCAGUGCUAAGGCAUGUACAUAUUA